GGCUACAUUUAUACGCAGGUCAUGGUGUGUAAAGUUGCAAGUUUCGUCCGCCAAGCCAUGAAAGCAGUUUGCAUCCAUAAAUUUGGAGGUCCCGAGGUUCUUCAGCUGGAAACGACACCUGUCCCCGCUCCGGGCGACGAUGAAGUGCUGAUCCGCAUCCAUGCGGCCGGCAUCAACCCGGUGGACACUUACAUCAGAGCUGGCAGUCACGUGUUGACUCCACCCCUCCCGGCGGUGCUGGGAUUUGACGUGGCCGGGGUCGUGCAGCAAGUGGGUGACAGUGUCACGAAAUUUAAGGAAGGAGACAGAGUGUUUGGGGGACUGUCAAAAUGUGGCGGUUAUGCAGAGUACGCAGUUUCCAACGUGAAGAAACUUUACCCACUGUCUGAGAACCUUUCCUUCAGUCAGGGGGCGGCGCUCCACACGCCCUACUUCACGGCUUAUCGUGCCCUCGUCACCAAAUGCUGUCCAAAGGAAGGAGAGACUGUGCUGGUGCACGGUGCAAGUGGAGGGGUGGGGAUGGCAGCUGUGCAGAUUGCCAAGUCUUUAGGGCUGACUGUAGUGGGCACAGCAGGCUCAACAGAAGGCAUGGAACUUGUGAAGAAGCUUGGUGCAGACCACGUGUUUAACCACAGGGAAAAGGGUUACCUGAACAAUGCUGUGGCAGCAGUGAAUUGUCGUGGAUUUGAUGUGGUGAUUGAGAAUUUGGCCAAUGUGAAUCUUGGAGCAGACUUCACAGUUCUAAAUCACAAUGGUAGGAUUGCGGUUGUUGGCUCACGAGGAACAGUUGAAGUCAAUCCUCGCUCGCUGAUGAUUACGGAAGGCAGCGUGCAUGGUGUGAUGCUCAGCCAGUCCACAGAGUGAAAUUGUUACUGGAUUUAUGUCUGGUAAUAAUUCGCACAAGAACACCAUAGAUUCCUCAUUUGCAGUUGCAGUGUUGCAAGGCUGAGAAAAGUGGAGCAUAGCUGAUGCAAAAAAGUUUAUCUGAUUCUCCAACUGAGAUUGUACAUGUAAUUUAUAGUUGGUUAGGUAGGUACUUCACUAGUGUAUAGUUGAACUUUAGGCAAUGUAGUUUUAAUCUUUUUUUUGUAAUCAUGGCAAUUUUUUUUUUUUUUGCUGACUGCAGCCAUUAGAUUUUAGAAGCGUAAACACGGUGAAAUGUGAGGAAAAGAUGUGAAAAUAUUUUGUCAUUCUUGUUUGAUGGACAGAAAUGACUUUUGACUAGAAUAUACAGUGCCAUUUGUACUGUUAACAGAACUGAAGACAACCACUGUUAGCUUUUUACCAUUCAGAUUACUGUAAUGAGGCUUUUUUUUUUCUCAACUGUGUGAUGCAGCAUGAGUAAGUAGCAUAGUACUAAAUGCAGAAAAAGUAGACAGGCUAGAAGAUCAUGCUUCCUGUUUUUAUGAUGAACUUAUGUUGUAGAUAAAAUGCUUAUUUUUGUUAAUUUUUGGGGUUGAGUGGUGUGAUGAAGUUUGAAGAAAACAGUUAUAGUUUUUUUUGCAUGUGACAUUAAUAACAAUAGGUAGCAGAACAGGUUUGAGCAUAUAAUGAAUAUUUAGCAUAUUUUUUUAUUUAUUGUCAAGAAAUUUAAAAAUUUUUGCCUGCUACAUAAAUCAGUGUACGUACUUCUUAUCAGGUCAUCAGUAGCAAAAGAUCAUUUUUUUUUACCAUUACCAAAGAAAUGACUUACCAGUUAUGAUCAGUUGGCACUUUUUUAGACAUGUUAUAUCCCAUUAAGACUUUGUUUUGUUCUGAUUCCUUUAGUUAUAAUUCAUCACCCAUUUUUUUUAGUGAUUUUAUAAUUAUGUAAUGUAUUAAAUAACAUAAACUCACAACAAUGUAUGUAUGUAGUAGUAAAAUGUUUUCUUGAAUAUUUGGGAUUUUUAACUUAAAUCUAGCUUCUAGGUUGCACCCCUGUAUUUUAAUCUUCUGUAUCUUAUUGUGGAAGUCAUAUGAUAUUUCAUCAAUAGUGGUAGCAACUUUGUUAUAUUUGUAAUUAGUUACUUUUGUUAUUUCUAGAAUUUUUUAACCUUCAUUUGCAACCAAUAGUUGUCCUUUUUCUUGAUAAGUACGUAAGUGCAAAACUAAGAUAGCUAAGUAAAAUUCAAUGACUUUUUGUAGAAAAAUAAUUAUUGUAAAGAAGUGUUGUAUGGUUGAAUGUAAUGAAAUCAGUAACCUAAGAUUGUUCACAAAAUAACAGUAUAAUCAACUAGCUGUUAAAACAAGUUGAGAUACUCCACCUUAAGGCUGCAAGUGCUUAAGUUAUUAAUAAUAAUUUGAUAUGCAUGAAUGUUUUACAAAGAUUGCCAUGCAAUGUGUAUUCACGUGUUUGUAAUAUACAGCACAAUAUUAAAACUUAAUAAUUGUCAUGAACAGAUAGCUUAGUUAUUUUUACGUGAUGUUUAUUGUGCAUUGCUUUCAGUUCUUUAAACAGUCUUACUGUAAAAAAAAAGUAUUGUGUCAAUUCUGAUUCUGGAAUCCACAUAUUCACAGUCCUAUGGUUUUGGCUAACAGUAGAAAUUGGGGAUUUAAUGUUAUUUUAAUAGGGAUUAUGAAAUUAAUUCAUCAAUUCAUUCAAUUGAGAUUUCUUUUAAAUAAAUUUGGUUAUUUCCAAUAUUUACAAUUUUUUAAUUAAGUUAAAUUAAUAAUUGCUAAUUUAUCAGGGUAUGUAAUUGGUAUAUUUUUUUAAGUGAGUGGUUUGUGCUGUUUAUUUUUAAACCUUUUUUCAAUAUUAAAAAUUUAUGUAUACUCAAAUCGUGCGUGCCUUUAUUAUGAAGGACAUUUUGUUACAUUAUGUCUUGACGUGAGUGUUUAAAAGUGUCAGCUAGAGUUUGUUUAUUUGUUUGGCUGUUGACUUUUCCAGUUUAAAAUAUAGUUUUUUUUUUUUAAUAUUGAGCAGAUCUAUUCAAAGAAAAGUCUUGCACAUUAAGUGAGAACCACGUAAAUAACCUCAUGUUUGCAGAAAAUCUACCAAAUACCACAUCAUUAAAUUGGUGUGUUAAAUUUUUUGGAGCAUAUGUGGCGUUUAAUGUGAAGGCCUGCUAGCCAAUAUUGGUGUCUAUGGGAUCAGUUGUUUCAAAAUCAGCAGAAGUCUUGGGGAAACCAUUACAUGUGUUGUGCCAUAAUUUCUGUUUCUUGCAAGCUUUUAUACAGCAAGUUUUUUUUCUAUUCACCUUUGGACACUUUCCCUUCUUUAAUAAUCAAAAAAAAAAAAAAUGAAGAUUAUUUACAAGGCUGUGGGAAAAUAAUGAUGAGGAACAGAUAAAGCAGGGUACAAGUUAGAAAAAAAGAUAAUAAAUUGGAAGAAAUACUGGAGAUAUUUGUGUGUAGGAAUUGAUGUUAAAGGAUGAUCAUUUAGGAAAUUCUGGUUUCCUGCUAAUGUAAAUCGGUUUUUGUAGACAAUGAACGUGUAGUGUUUGGUUGUAAGACAUUGUAAGCUUUGUACAGCAUGUUGUUUGUUUAUUUGUAUGUGGAUAAAUUCCAUGUAGUGUAUGUUUUCUUAAAUUUUUUGUAGCAAUGUGUAUAACUUAGAAAUUAUUAUUUUUUUCCAGAAAUGAUACAUUUAAUUGUACAUUAAAAAAAAUAUGUAUUUACUUUUUUGUGUCGUUGGUUGAGUGGGUCAUAGAUACCACAAUUAUUGUGUUCAGUAUAUGUUUAUAGCCUGAAUUCAAUGGCAAUGGAAAUGUGUUUUUGCAAGUUGUACAACAUCAGAAAAUUAGUGAAAGUAGAAUUUAAUGUACAUAUUGGCUUGCUACACAGUAUAUGAUUAGCAUAGGUUGUGAAGGCAAAUUUUUUUUCUUCUGCAUGUAGAAUAGUCCAAAAAAUAUUAUUUUGCUAACCUAUUUUAUCAUUGUCAUUAAAACAGCUAAGAAUCAGUGGCUAAAACACAGGGGAGAUGGGGGAUGCAUCUCCCCCUUAAAUUCUAAGAAAUUAUAAAAAAAUCUUAUCAUUCCCACCAACAAAAGGAAAGAAUUUGCAAUCAGGCAAAGAGGUUCUUCCCCUCCCUGUUCCUCCCAAAAUGAAAUUCUGCAUGCACUCCUGUUAAGAAUAUUUCACCUACCAACUGUUAAUUAUUGUGGAUAUAUGAAUGUUGUGAUGAGAUGAAAUGUGUGUUGAGUAUAGGUUUUAGUGCAGCUGUGGUUUUGACAUGUGUCCAAUUUAUUCUUAUUUAUGUUAAAAUUUAAAUUUAGUAAUUUUGUCUUGCAGGAAAGGUAACCCAGUGAUUAAAAUGAUUGGUUUUUAUUUUAAAAGAAGUAUUGCAUUCUGUCUCUCUCUCUCUCUCUCUCUCUCUCUCGCUCUCGCUCUACAUCUCGCACAAUUCCGAGAGAAAUUAACCUUACUAAUUAUUUUAAUAUCAGUUUAAUCUGUUGCCAGCUGUUCAUAAUUACAAGUUAGGGUUUUUGCUGUUUUGUGCAAUCAAAAAUAAUGUUUGUUGAAUGAAGUCUCAGUUUGAUUGUGAAUUGUAUACAUAAAGUAUAGGCCAUUACUGAGAUUGGUUUUUAAACCAUUUUGUCAUGUGUGGCAAAAAUAAUUAUUAUGUAUUUUGUGUAAAACCAUGUAAAAAUAAAAGGUGCUUUAUUGAAAUGUCGUGAUGCCUCGGUACAUAAUAUAUUUGGUGUGGUUGUAUUUGUAUACAUUUUAUGCUAAAAAGUAAUGUGAAAAAGAAGUGUAAAUAGUUUUGAGAAAAUUGAACAAAUUUUUUUGAUGCCUACUUGGUUAUUAUUUUUAUAUGACUGAAUUCUUUGGAGGUUUUUAUAUAGUUGUUACCUAUAUAUUGAAACUCAUUUUAGAUGUUUGAUUUUGGUAUUUACAUGUGAGUUUUGUAGUUGUAAAGUAGGGUGGUACUGAUAUGGAAGUGCACUUGUUUGAAUAAACAAGAUAUAGAAUAAUCAAUCAUCGGCAAACCAUGACUUGCAGAUAAACCUACAUCUAUGUGAACCUUAUUCAUAUUAAAUUGUCUAGAUUUGGAAACAUAUUGCAAAUUAGAACAUAUUAUACAGCUUCAAUUUGCUGCUAAGUUUUGCAAAAUAUAAAGUUAUACAUACUACAAUUAACUGUGAUUUUUUUAAAUAAUACUUUCGAAAUUUUAAAUUCUGGUAGCAUUGAUUUCAGAAAAUAUUUUUUCAGACAUGGGCAAAGAUAUGUAGUAUUCCCGGGCCCGCAGAAUGUUUUAUUGUUCCCAUUUCACAGUUAUGAUUAUGCAAGCGCAAGCGGGCCCCCUCAGAGAGGAGCGUUUUGAUUCCCGGCCCCGCUUCCCCUCCUCAGGAUCUACGCCCAUGUUUCCAUGUACUGCCAUUUUGAUAGCUCUUUGAGAAUACAUAAUUUAAACAGUUGGUAGCACAAUAAGUAGAGACAAGAUUUUAAGGUUGUAAUUAUUGGUCAAUUUCAUCUUUCAAACUGAAGAUAUAGGGAUUAUUGUUUUUAUUUAUUAUAAACUCUGUUUAUUCAUAAAGAUAGCACCUAUUUAUACAAAUACGACAUUUACAUGUUCAAUGAUACUUCACCAACACAUUGCCAUUUUGACUGAUACAUGACACAUUUUUACAGCAUAAUCAUUCGUAAUAAGUAUGUCUAACUACCGGGAACAAUAAAAAUAAAUCAGCAACUAUAUGUGUGUUUGAAAAAUGUACCAAUGUCGUAUUGUAACAAUUAGUUGCUAAUAAAUAUAUAUAAAACACUAAUUUUUUACAAUCCUUUUAGUACAUUAUGUUUUGAAACUAACUUCAUGCUAAGUUAUUUACAUUCAUUGAAUUUGAUAUAGUAAAAGAUGACUUUUUUUUAAAAUCUGAGUUGAGUUUGAAAUAAUUUUCUAAUUAAUUUCAUUAUUUUUUUUGUAUCUCAUGCGUUUUGGUGUUAUAUGGUGUAUUGACAUGCUUUUCGGUGUUAUUUCGGUUUUAUCACAAUUCACCCUAUAAUCUUGUCCCUAACAAUCGGUAAUCAAUAUAUCAAUGUUGGUACUUCCCUACUAGAAAGAACACUAUAUAUGUACUUGUAUUUUUGCAGUUUGUGUAUAAUUUUGUUGAGUAAUUUCAAGCUUGCCAAUAUCUGUCUUUUUGUGUAUUAGAAUAUAAAAUAUCAAUUUUAAUCUAGUCCUUACAAUUUAAUGACAGAUCUUACACUUCAGCAGAACAUUAAAUGUUUAGCUGUGGAGAAUUUUAUUUGAAAGUAAUUUUUAUUGUCUUUUUUUGCAAGUACUACUACUUGAGAAUACUCUACUUGUAUUCCUUUUUAUUUCUAAAAUUAAAUUUGGUAAUGUAAUAUUAAUUAGUUUUUCAUGAAGCACAAAAAAUUAUCACUAAACCUUAAUGAAAGUCUUUAUCUUUUCUUGUUUGGGGUGGAAGUACUGCAUGUUUAUUUAUUUCCUGCAAAUAAUUUUUCAAGUGCUUUAAACAGGCCUUAUUUUAUGAUUGGAAUUCUACCAUUAACAUGAAAGGAAAUUUUUUGAAACAAAAUACAAUGAACAGUUUGUAGCUUUAAUUUUGAAUGUUAAUUUUAUUUCAGUUCCAAAACUUAACAGAUCUAAAUUAAGAAAAGAAAGUGCAUGUUGUAUGAUUCUUAUGUGGAAAUACAGUAGAACCUCUGUAAGUCGAACUUGAAGGGAGACGCCAAAAAAUUCGAGUUAUAGAGUUUUCGACUUAUGGAGGACUAGCUGUGCCCGUGACUUUGUCCGCGUGGAAUAGUGUCUUUGGGUAGCAUUUUUAAAUUAUUUAGGCUAAUUAUUUUACAAAUAAGACACAUACGUAUAAAUACUUUAAUCAGCUAUUUGCAAUGUUUCACUGCAAAGAGCUUAUUAAAUUAUUUAAGUAUCUAAGUACAUAAGGUAUAAAGUAUUAAUAUGAGUUUAUUUAAGUACAUUUUUAUAAACUACAUUUUUUGUUUUCCUAUCUUUAGCCAAAACAUAAAGAUUUUGCGGAUUUGAUACACGUGAGCAUGCCACAUUUCACGUAGAACAUUAAUUAAAUAAACAAAAAAAUCGUGUAAGCAAAUCAAAUUGUAAUCAAUUUGCAGUCAACAAUAAUGAAUUUCCAGUGGAAAAAAUCAGUAUUCGCAUGCGUGUGGCACAUUAGUCUGCCCUCACGUGUCUGCCCGUUCGGGUAAUCACACUUAGGCAUAUUUCCCCACCUACACCGUGCCGUACCGCGCUGCGCACCCCCCCCCCCCCCCCCCCCACCCACGCAACUGCACAGCGCUCAUUGUGUACUGCGUGGUGCUUGGCAAGUUUCUUACUUGCGUUAACUUCAAUUUCACAUUUUGUAAUGACUCCGUAAAUGUUACAUCAGAAUAGCUCUAAUAUUUUGUCUCUGUCGCAAACUUAUAAAACAUUCCCGUAAACCUUACAUAUUUCCAUACAAAAUUUCAUCCCCUAUUCCCUAUUGUUAUUUUACACCCUUGAGGGUAAAACUUUUACAAACUUUGAAUGUCGUAUUUAUUUAUAUCGAAUCAACAGCCUAAAAAAUAAGUUUCAAGCUUCUAGCUCUAAAAAUGACUAUACUUCCAUACAACUUUUAAUCGCUCCUUUCAACCCCUUACAACCCUUUUUUCACAUUAAAAAGUAGCCUAUGUCCUUUCUCAGGCUCUAGACUAUCUGUUUACCAGAUUUCAUUUAAAUCGGUUCAGUAGUUUUGGCGUGAAAGUUUGACAGACACAGACAGACAGAGUUACUUUCGCAUUUAUAAUAUUAGUAAGGAUUUCGACUUAAGCGGAUUUUGAUUCGUCAUAAAGAGGUUGAGAUUCAUUCUUAUACAUUUUGAGUUAGAGAGGUAAAAUAAAUAAAAAUUCAAGUUUCAGAGGUGACAAACAUAUUUUUAUUUAUUAUAAAUCAACAUUAUUUCAAAACAUUCUUAAAAUAAAAAAAAUGGCAUUAAAAAAGUCAGUAAUUUUUUUUUUUUUUUUGCUUUAGAUUCGGUUGUUUUCCAUCUAUAGCAUUGUCUAAGGUAUAAAGAGCAGAAAAUUCUUGUUCUUCAGAGUUGCUGGUUUGCUCUAUAAAAUUUCGUAAAGUAUUCAAUGUGGUUCUUUCCUCUUUGAUGGAAACCCAUGGAGCACAUGUAGUAUUAUUCGAGUCUUCUAUGUCAUCUAAAUCAUUAGUAUCAGUUUUCUGAGCUACUGAAUCGAAAAUUUUGUCAUCUGAUAAUGUCCCAGCAGUCAUAACUCCAUCAUCACACUUAACAAAUUCCUCAAAGGAUAUUCCUGAUUCAGACACCACUAUAUUCCAUUCUGCAGGAGGUGAAAUAGAAAAAUCUUCGGUUUCAGCUUCUUCUGUUGACGACGAUGAAAAACCACAAUGUACAGAACAGUUUUUUAUAGUAGUCGCAGUUACAUUUCGCCAAGCUUUUUCAACCAUUCUCAUGGCUUGCAAUACAUCUAUAGUAGAAUUCUUUUUUUCUUCCAUAUCAUCCAACAUGUUCCUGACAACUUCUUUCCGAUAUAAUGACUUAAAGUUUUUAAUGAUACCUUGAUACAUAGGCUGUAAUUUUGAUGUGGUAUUGGCGGGGAGAUAUUGGACUUUAACAGCUUUCAUUUGUGGAAUAUCAUUAUGUGCUGUUCAAUUAUCAAGGAAUAACAAGAUUUUUCUUUUUUCUUUGGCCAUUUUCUUGUUGACAGAUUACUCAUUGGCAGGCCAAAUUGUUCAGCAGCAUCUUUCUUAUUUUGACAGUUCUUCACAGCUUCGAGCACUUCCAAUUUUUCAGCGAGACUCAAACGUUUUCAGUUUACGUUUCACAGCACUCGUGUUUUAACAAUUUUAUUCAUAAACGGUUGUACAAAUUGAUGUGUAGCAGUCACAACAGUCGACAACAAAUGACUUGAUUCGCUAAAGUUCAAAUGAAAUUAAAAAUAAUUAAAUUAAACACCUGUCACCAAGCAAGCAAACACGCGAGUCAUAAAUUCGUGGUAAUCCGAUUUAUUGUAUACUCCUAAAUUGAUUUCUAAGAAACAAUGGUGUGCUUACAUUGUCGACAAAUUCUUAAAGUUGGUAACUUAUUUUUCUUCGAACUAUAGAGGUAAUAAGAUUCAAAUAAUCGAGUUGUAAAGGUUGUAAAAUAAAACAUUGCUAUGUUCGAGAUACAGAGGUCCAAUUUAAUUUUUCGAGUUAUGGAGGGAAAAUCUGUACCAAAAUGGCUUGGAGGGACUCACUGAUUAUUUCGUCUAAUAGAGGGUUGAGAUUUUGAGCAACGGAGGUUAUGGGGCUUGAAUGGAAGGAAACACAACAUUUUUUCGAGUUUGGGAGGUUUUCGACUUAUCGAGGUUCGAAUUAAAGAGGUUCUACUGUAUUUAUAAUUUUGUUAGGAAAAUAUAAUUCAUUGACAAUAAUUUCCAGUUUUUCAUAAAAUUGGCUGUUACCAAUACUUAAGUUCAGCUGAGAUUGAUAACUCUGACCAUUGAAAAUACAGCCACCAUUGUUUUUGUUUGCUACCUGUAGGUGGCUUCUUUUUUUUAACUGAUGGCCAUGGAUAUGUACAGAAUUUUAAUCAAAAUUAAAAAAAAAAAAUUGUGAAAAAAAAAAAUUGUUUGGUGGCUGAAAAAUAUUACUUAAAAAUUCAACAUUUGGUUCCACUAUUUACUAAUACCUAGACUUAGUUUUUCUUUGUAAUAGCUUUUAUCAUGUUUUGAAUAAUGGAAUGUCUUUUUGUGCCAUUAUUUACCAGGCAUAUUGUCAUUGCUAUAAGUCAUAUACAAAAAAGAAAGUCUUUUCUAAUAGCAUUAUUAUUUCAGCAAACAGUAUUAAGAAGCAGGUGUAUUUUUAAAUAGUAGUGUUUAAAGAGUCUGACUUUCUUUAUAGUUCUACAAUAUACAACGUACUAUUUGUCACAUAGGUUAAAACUAUUCCAGUGUAAUGCUUUACAGAUCAAGCCAUUUGGAAUUAUAAUUUUUUUAUUUUGAAUUAUGUUGAAAUUAAUUAUAUGCCAUUGAAAAAGAAAAUUAAAAUAAGUUGCUUUAAAGUACAUACAUAGUUACUUUUGUUACUAAAAUGAGCUAACAACAUAUUAUUUGUUACUUUUGUGAAGUUUUGUGUUUUUUGCCAGGGAUACAAAGAUUGUGAAUGUAAUGGAUUUCAUAUGCUACUACUGUAGUUAAUUGUUUUGUGAAUAGAACCUUUUACACCAUAGUAUUUUUAUGUUCCUUGAACUUGAUCAAUAAGAACUUUCAAUAAAUUAUGUGAUACAUA